CCUAUAUAAGGACAUACUAGCCCCAGUAGCUCUCACAUAUAUCAAAAAACACAUAAAAUUGUAAGGUGCCUCUCUCUCAAAAAUCUGUCUGAAAAUGGCACACUCCAUGCGCUUCUUUGCUAGUGUGUUACUUCUAGCAUUGCUUGUCAUGGCCACUGAGAUGGGACCAAUGAGAAUUGCAGAGGCAAGACAUUGCGAGUCGCAGAGCCAUCGUUUCAAGGGCGUAUGUGCGAGCGAGAAGAACUGUGCCUCAGUUUGCGAGACUGAAGGAUUUUCCGGUGGUGACUGCCGUGGACUCCGCCGCCGUUGCUUCUGCACAAGGCCAUGCUAAGAGUAGUAUUCAUGAUAUGUAAAGAAGAAGUUUGAGAGUAACUCUUUGAAUAAAUUACACUAUGAUUGUUCAAAGUUUGUGCUAGUUUUGUUUCUUAAGCUAGUUGUGAUCUUUGAUUGUAUGCAAUUAUGGUGUGGUAGACUCGUAAUUUAUGUGGUGUAUUUCUUGUUUUCUGCAACAUUAUGGAUAAUUACCUUCUUUUCU